CUAUGGAAACAGAAGCUGAAUGGAAUUUCAUCAAUAGCGAGAUGCAACAAAUCACACUCCCUGGAGUAAAUGAAUGGCACAUAGGUUUGAAGAAUCAGGGAACCUGGCAGUGGGUUAGUGGAAAGCCGCUAACCAUUGACAAAUGGCAAAGGUACGAGCCGUCUGGUGAUGGAAAUGUCGCUGUCAUGUCCAAAGAUUACCCACCAGGAUCUAAGGGACUAUUUAACGAUCUGAACGGCCUAUAUCCCAAACCUUUCAUUUGUGAAAUGCCUUCAGGGGCAAAGCCGCCAGCACCACCGGGUGCAACAGCUGUACCCCCAGGGGAAACAACUCUACCACUUGGGUCUACCACUGUACCAUCGGGGACAACCACGAUGCCUCAGGGAUCCACAGUUUUACCAUCGGGGAGCCCCCCUACUCCUGCUGGGGGAGGAGGAGGAGGAGGAACGGAAGGUAUGACAGGAUUUGAAAAAGACUGCUUGGAGGCUCACAAUGAAUAUCGCGCAAAACACGGAGUUCCACCUCUGAAAUGGAAUGCACAACUGAAAGCGGAUGCGCAGGAGUGGGCGAACCAUCUUGCUGACAUAAAUAACAUGGAGCAUGAUUACGAGAGCAUUAACAAGGGAUCCGGUGAAAACCUCGCCUAUUUCCAGCCUGGUGACCCAAAUAACAUGCCAACACAGUGUCAAGGACCCAAGAAUCCCUCUUGCGUCCAGUGCCGUGAAAUGGUCGCCGAUUGGUACUCCGAGGAAUCAAACUUUGACUACAACACGGGCAAAAGCAAGGGAGGGGUAAUCCUACAUUUUACUCAAGUAGUUUGGAAGGAGACCACAGAGCUGGGAAUGGCGACUGCCACCAGCGCAAACAAGUGGUUUUCUGUUGCGCGAUAUAAAAAACGAGGAAAUAUGGGCGAUUCAGAAGCUUUUAAAAAGAAUGUACCAAGGCCUCAGUAGGAGAGUGUAGUUUGUUUAUAUGGUAUAAUUAUAAUCAGUAAACCACAAUUUGAUGUUGUUUGACUGUUAAUAAUAUUGCACUUGUUGAGGGGCACAAAUAUUUCUUUCUCUUAACUUCAUGCUCGUCUCUCCAGGGUUGUCUUCUGUUCCAACGAUAUUAUCUAU